GACAGACAGACAGGCUGGCAGACCGACAGACAGAGAGGCAAACAGACAGGCAGGCAGACAGACAAAGAGAGACAGGCAGAUUUAGAUCCACAGAGUGAUCAGCAUUAAUUGAGCCGUGUUUGUUGCAACAAUAAGAGUUUUAGUGUGAAGGGUCCUCUGUCUCCAUCUGCUGGACAGAUUCAGAAGAGUGACCGCCGAUAUGAUGCUGAGUUGAGAUGCAUCACGGAGCCACCAAAACAUCCAGGCCCUGCACACAGCUCACUAGACGACGGGACUGUUAUCUUCUGUGAUAUACAAUCAUCUGGAACCAAGGGUUAUUUUAGACCUAAUGUAGAUGACCCUACUGUCUAUUCGAAUCAGGCUGCAUCAUCAUCUGAGGAGCAGACCGAUUGUGCAGGAGACGGGCUGUCGUCCCGUGGAUUAACAGGGCGCAGAGAUCCGCAUGGACUAUGGCUGCGAUGAGGACUUUGACGGUGGCGGGUUUGUUCCUGGCGUUCUGCUCUUUAGGAUUAAUAGCGAUAGCGAUAAGCACUGACAACUGGUAUGAGACCGAUGCCCGGAGACAUCGGGAACGGUGUAAGAAUUAUUCCAACAAAAGAAACGACCCUGGAUUCAUUUACAUAUCCAGCAACAAUCUGCCCCUCCGUAUGCUACCGAAGGACCGGGACGUGGACCGGAGGGUGACCAGUGGAGGAAUGCUGCUGCGGGCCAGGCGGGACUCCCUGCCUCUUGCACUGGCCAUGGAGUCCCUCUGCAGUCGGCAGUUCAAUUCCACCAUCACCGGGCUGUGGAGGAAGUGCCACCGAGAGGGCUUCGACCUGGAGACCGAGGAUCUGAUUUUUAAAGGGUUGGUCCCUCGCUGCACCUCCAUCAAAUACUACUACUCCUCUUCUGCUCUGCCCCGGAAUCUACCCGUCAACCUGACCAAAACAAUCCGGCAGGACGAAUGGCACGCACUCCACCUCCAGAGGAUGACCGCCAGCUUCAUCGGGAUGGCGGUGUCCAUCAUCCUGUUCGGCUGGGUCAUAGGGGUGCUCGGCUGCUGUAAGGACCAUGACCUCAUGCAGUACGUUGCCGGUCUUCUGUUCCUAAUGGGAGGGACGUGCUGCAUAAUCUCCCUGUGUACGUGCGUGGCGGGCAUCAACUUCGAGCUGUCCCGCUAUCCGCGCUUCAUCUACGGCAUCCCAGAGGACAUCGGCCACGGCUACGGCUGGUCCAUGUUCUGCGCCUGGGGCGGACUGGGCCUAACACUGCUGGCCGGGUUUCUAUGUACAUUGGCUCCCUCGCUCUACCCCCCCCACAGCCACUCUCACAGCCACGCCCACACCCACACCUCCUCCUCCUCCUCCUCCGCCCUGGCAGUGGUGCUGGACAAGCCCAGACAUGAGAACGGUUGCGUGUGACCGGGACGAGCUCCAUGGGUCCAUAGUGGAGCAGAGGAGGACGAGGCUUGUUUUGAGCUGGACCGGGGACAAGAACCAGGGGUUCUGGUGACACCAAGAGACUCCCACAGUGAGAGCCCCAACUCAGUGGCGCACAACCUACAAGCACUGGUUUGUAUUUAACUGGACUGACGGAGAGAAGUGAUUUCAGUUGUCCUGGUGCUUUUGUUUUUCUUUAUGUCCCUCUCUCAUGAAUGACGUGUUUAAUGUUUUGCCUGCUCUUCAAGGGAGAGAAUAAUUACACUGUUAAUCAAUUUCCUCCUGCAAAAACACAGGCAGGAGACAAAUAGCACAACAAAUACGUACGGAAUAUGAAAUAAUGGAUGUGUAUUGUCACUUUUCAAAAGGGCAAUUGUGUGUCAUGAUGUACCCAUUCUAAAUCAAUAAAAAAUGGAGUAAGCUUUUGGAAUAUGUGCAGA